CGUGUGAGGCGGAGCGGGGGGGGCUGCAGUAUGGGGGCGGUCGGGAGCUGAGCGCGGGAAGGGGCCGGAAAGUCGAAGCAGCAUCUUUGUGGGGCAUGUACAGCAGGCAGCCUGCCAAGCACUGCCUCACAGGUCCUCAGUUGGGUUUCCAGGUGGCCUUUACAUUAGUGUUGCUCGUUCCAAGCCCUUGAUUGCUCGUCCUGCAUUUGGAUACCCAUCCUGCAUUGUGUUCACUUCCCCAGCAGCCCACGAACACAGGUUCCAUCCUUCCACCGGCCAGUGAGCGAUGUCAGACCAGGACGAUGGUGAUAUGGGGAAGGGAGGGGCCUUCUCGGCCGAGCACCUGGCCGCUGAGUCCAUGGCAGCCGACAUGGACCCCUGGGUGGUGUUUGAUGCACGAAAGACCCCACGGGCCGAGUUCGAGGAGUGGCUGCAGACCUAUCAGCCCUCGCGGGUGUCUCGUUUUGGGGACCCCGAGCGCCGCACUGAGCCUGUGGGCUGGAUUGCCAUCUACGGUCCAAACUACUGUCCAGAGUCAGGUGAUGUAGUGGGGCUGCAGGAGGCCUGGGAGCGGCUCCAGAUCAGUGGGCGCCAUGUCACCUUCGACACCAUCCGCGAGCUGGCACUCAACCACUGCGUCCUUACCGGCAAGUGGCUGAUGCAUCUGGACACCGGCUUCAAGGUGGACCAUGCCUGGAGUGGCAUCGCCCGUUCCGUGUUGGAGGGGCACUUUGGGGUGGCCAAAGUCAGCCCCUGCUACCCCAACUCGGACCGCAAGCAUGUCAUCUGCAUCUACACAGAUGACUUCACCGAUGAGGAGAAGGUGAUGGAUGCGGACGCUGCCAUCCGGGGCACUGGCGUCAAGUGCCUGCUCUCCUACAAGCCCGAUGUCUACACCUACCUAGGCAUCUACCGGGACAAUCGCUGGCACCUCUGCCCCACCAUCUACGAGAGCAAGUUCGACCUAGAGUGCAUCCCCCGCCGCUCCCGUAUCAUCAACAAAGUCAGCAACACUGAGGUGACUUAGACUGGGCCCCGCUCCCCAGCUGGCAGUUCCUCCUUUCCCCUCUCCAACAGCUGGCACCAAUGCCUCCCAACUGUGCUCUGAAACUAAUUACAUUUUGAUUGGUCUGUUUGGUGUGGCCUGCACUUAAUGUAUAUAGAACCUAGAGUGGAUUGGAGGCCCCACACAGACUACAAAUCCCAGCAUGCAAUGCUCCACGCUUCUGUAACAGGCUCCCUCUUUCAAAGGACAGGUGCUCUGCUGGUAACUGCUACUAGCUGAGAUCCUUCAGUCAGCAGGGAGGAGCAUUGGCUGCUGGGAGAUGUAGUCUCUGCUGGUCACACCUCUGUUAAAGAUGACAGUGGACUAUCUUGCAGGAUUCUCAGCCACGUUUGGCACACUCCUGCAUGAUGCAGCACUGGCCAUGCCGCUAGCUGGCUCUAUAUUAAUGAGGUUCUCCCUGUUUCCCUGGAAAGCCACCUCUGCUCCCCUGGGCUGCAGUCACUUUGAUAGAAGACUCAGGAGGUCCUUGCGACCAGCUGGCACUGUCUCUUUAAAUUCCCAAAGCCCCUGGGGUUUGCUGGUGCCACUCUGCAUGCUUAUUAACUCCUUCAUGGUCUGUGUGUUACCAUAUAGCCGAGGGCUAGGGCUGUGGGUUCAACUCAUCACUACCACCUUCCAGUGAUAUUUGUAUGUUGAAAGUGCCACAGCUCCUAGCAGCCUGUCCUUUAGGAAAGCCCUUUCCCUGAGACACAGAGCUCACUUAGAGCUCAGGAUUGCCUCCUCUACUGCUCAUGCAGCAGCAGCUGGGUGAUGUUUCCAACAGCCUUCUCAGUAACUAGUUCUCUCUCUAGCUAUUGCAGCCCCUCAUUGGUGGGGGAAAGGGUGCCACAUGAAAGAAGUCAUAGGUCUCUGCAGGGCCCAUUAAGGUGGCUGAGGGUAACAGGAGCAGGGCCAUGGCUCUUGGAAAACAGGAGGAAGUAGUAGGUGUCCACUGCCGCCCCCACUAAGUACUGUAGAUCCUUCACUGAGCCUGUUCCCCAUACAGCUCUCAGAACAUAGGGUCUGUGCACACACAUCUCUGGCUCUUCCUGCCCUGGAAAAGGGCUGUAUGUCAAGUCCCCUGAAUGGCGCAGAUUGUUUAACCCCCCCUUUUGGGGACAUUUAACAGUCAAAAGGGGUUGUAGAUACAGCACUGGAACCCCUCUGCCUGCUUUAGGAGCCAUGAAUAGCUGUUGUCUCCUUGCCCAGAGGCCUGCUCUGCUGUGUGCAAAGGUUGUCUUUAAAAUGCCUCUCCUGGGGCUUGAGCAUGUUGAAUCCUGACCCUCACUGGUGGGGAAGGGAAAGCAGGAAGGAACCUCAGGGCUCCUGGGGAUGACAGUGGAGCAAGGGGGUUGUAUCUUUCCUGCAGGGUGUUUCUCCCAGCUGUUCAAUGGGUGUUUGAGGUGUAAACAGGAUUAAUAAAAACAACUCCUCUCCAGUG